CCUUUUCUUCAAAGCUUUUGACUCAUUUCUCUUGACUCGUUCUCUCCUGCACACAGUCUUUUUCUUCAAAGCCUUUGACUCAUUUCUCUUGACUCGUUCUCUCCUUCACUGCUUCACAGUCUCUCAUAUCUCUCUCUCUGCAAAGAUAACACUCAUUUCUUAUACACUUGCUCUAUCUCUUCCAUUGUCCUCCAUGGAUGAAAAUGAAGACGAUGUUCUUCCUCGUUUCUUCAAGGUUUUCUUCUCGGAAACAGCCUCUGAAUCAAUGGGGAUUCCCAUGUCCUUUAAUGAGCAUCUCGAAGAUCCACUUCCACAGAAAGCUAAGCUCCAAGGCACUGGAGGUGGAGUUUGGACUGUGAGCUUCACCAAGAUCCGUGAAUGUGCUUAUUUCACAUCUGGAUGGUCCAAAUUUGCAGAGGAGCAUGAACUCAAGGACGGUGAGUUCUUGACCUUUGUCUAUGAUGGCCACCACACGUUUGAAGUGAGUGUCUACGGUCAUUGUGGUUGUAAAGAGACAAGAGCAGUGGUGGAGACAGUGGAGGUUUCUGACGAUGAUUCUGAUGGAAGUGAAGAAGAAGAAGAUUCUUCUGCAGAUGAUGAUUCAGAUGUUAGCAGCAACGUGACAGUAUCAGAUGAUGAUGCAGGGCUUUCGAGUAUGGAGGUCACUGGAAAUCCAUGUUUUACAACCAAACUCAAGCAGAGGAUAUAUGAGCUGUUAAUUCCAGCAAAUGUGGUUAAUGAACAUGGGCUUACGUUUGGAGACAGCAUCAAGUACAUUGAUGCAGAAGGGGUCAUGAAAGGGGAAAGAGGGAAAAUGCCUGAUGGUAGGGUUUGCCUCAAAGGAUGGAACAGGGUUUGCAGAAGGAACAGGGUCAGAGAGCAAGAUACAGUCCACUGCGAGAUGCUUCAUGUCAGGAAGAAAGUUCACUCGAUCAAAGUCACAGUCACACGUGGUUGAGUCUCUCUUCAUCAGUUCAUCACCAUCAUCAUCAUAUCAUUAUCAUGAGUUGAGUUCUAUGGUUUAGUAUGGGUUUCGUUUGUUUCAGGACUGUUAUGAACUUGUUGAUGUUUGCAUGGUUAUUAUGUAAUGCCUAUGUGGCUUUCUUUUAAAUUUCUGGUAGUAUCUUGAAUGCUUUAUGUAAUGCAUCAGUGGCUUUUUAGAUAUGUUUCCAGAGGUGAAAAAAAAUACCAACAAUGCUAGAUAUAACACUGAGACAGUGAAGCAAAAAAAAUGUAGUUUACAUCUCUGAGAAUACUAAACAUGUAAUCACUUCCUGAGUUAUGUUCAUUGGAGACUAAAAGCAUAUCUCAAAGUCAUCACUACAUAAUUUCUACAACACCCCAAUGUUGCAAGCUGAGGGAAUGCUCCUUCUCCAUCCUCAUUGCGUCCUGAAUCUUCUUCACCACUUCAGACACUCAUGUUCUGUUCAGUUACACACACCGCAAUGUUUUCUCUGCAAUCUUCCGCACUGAUUAGAUUCUGUGCAAUUUGUUCUCAAAUAGGCAAAUAUUUUAAGCAAUGCAUGUGUUUAGGUUUUUCCAUUAAAUCAAAGUUUUUAUUAUUAUGUUAGGAACUUUUGAAUUAAACAACUUUCUGGAGGCAUAUCUUGUUGAUGUACGGACGGAGAAGCAUAAGUCCCAGAAACACACAGUUAGUUAUAAAGAUCUAUCUCUGACCAAACAAACAACAACAUAACGUGGCGAUAGAAAAUUCUAAACAUUAUUGUAGAACUAACUGAUUGAUAUGUGUAACCACUAAAAAACAUUAAUUAUGUUGUGGAUCAUCAAAUUUCUAAUUCUUUUUUUUUGGUGCAACUAAAGUUUCUAAAGAUCAUUGAAACCCCCUUCAAACCUAUCAUCUUUAUCCAUGUUCUUACUUUUUUUGUCAAUAUCCAUGUUCUUACUAAUUUUAUAUCAUGUAAUGCCAUAAUAAAAUAUUACUAACGAAAUUUCAGUUUUUUUAGUAUAUCUCCAAGUUCUUAAAAGCACAAAUAUAAAUAACUAAUUUCUCAUUUUAUUAGUUAAAUAGGUGUUAAAACAAUGUUCUUCAAAUGCUUCUCUUUUUAGUUUAACAAGAAAACAAAUACAAUUUUCAAAAUUUAGGGGGGUGUAUUGAAUUAUUGAUUUUAGAGUGUUUUGGUUUUGUUUUAAAAUCCCCUGUUAUUCAACUAAUGAUUUCUAUUUUUUUCGCAAAUCUUGUGUUAUUGAAUAUGAUAUUUAUCUAAAGUCAUCACAAAUAUUAUUCAAUUAACAAUUUACAAAAACUAAAUCAAAUCUACUGUUAUUGAAAGACAAACUAUUCUGAAACAAAAAAUCUAACAAAAAGAUUUGAAGCAACGACAUCUAUGAUUUUUAGUCAAAACUAGCAUAAUACAAAUCACACCUCUAUACCUGUUAUUUGACAAAACCCAAAAGCAAUAUAAAAUUUUGGCCAAAUAAAUCGAUGAUCCAUAUUUCAAGUGCUACGACUCCACCACAAUUUCUCACAAACCAGUGUCUACACCAGAAAUUUUCCCUCUAUACCUCUAUGUUGACCUGAACUUCGACAACGUCUCCGCACUUUUGCUUUCUCGCAAGCACGACAGUGACGAUGAAGCUUCUGCCACCUUCGUCGAUUCCUUAUCAUGGUUCUCGAAACACGUUGCUUCAACUCUCAAAAGCUUUAGGAAGUAUUCUGUGAGAGUACUGCUCCAAAUAUGCAAGCUAAAGUAGUAGAUCGGAUAUGUGUUCUGAUUGAACAGAGAAGAAGGACUUCUCGAAAAACACGUUGCUUUAACUUUCAAAAGCUUUAUGGGCUGUUCUUUACAAAAAUAAAUAAAUAUGAUAGACUUCUUUUUUGUUUACGUUUUUUUUAUUAGGAUUAGAUAGGUAUAUUAUGUGUAUAUCUAUGUGUAUAAGAUCAGUAACAUGGGGGUGGGGAGAGGCUUGCAAAACUGAGGAUAGGAUACGUGCAUCAAUCACUCUUUUAUUUAUCAAAGUGAGUAUUCUUUUCAGUUUACUUUUGUUUCAGACUAGUUUCAUUAUUUUGUGUACUUGUCAUGAAUCUGAAUGAUGUUUGUCUA